CGAUAUCUACUUGAUUCUGGUCAUUUUAGGGACAAGAUGUAGCUCGAUGUUACUUAAAUGUGCUGUUUCGGGCACAUAGAUACCGAUACAUUUAAGGAUUGAUUGUCAAUUUUGUUGCUUGCAUGGACUGAUGAAGGGAAGUGAACCUCGUGCAAAUGAAAAAGGUUACGCCGGCAAAAAAGUGAUUCGUCUCUCAGAACAGAAGCACGCGACCCAAAAUCUUCAACGGGAAAUGAAGUGAUCUGAGUUUACUAUGUUCAUUGAGGCGGAGCGAAGUGAAAAUGUAAAUAUUAUACUUGAGUCAGUGAUGGGCACCCCGGGUUUUCAGUGCUGAGCGUCCAACAGGGAAAAAAUCAGUACAGUGUACUAUUUUUAGUGACACAGUUACCUUUCGGGGACACAAUCCAUAGCUUUUUUUAAAAAGGUAGUGCCGAGGGAGAUAUUCAGAAGUGACAGGAAAGAAGCGACAAAGAUCAAUUCGUGCAAGGUGUCCUUACACAAACACGACUAUAUACAGAUUGACGGUCUGAAGGCAGUAAUGGGAAACGGCACCAAACUAAUAAGACAGUUAUCAGUGAUUCGGAACAGUGACGAUGAAGAAUUAUGUAAUACACAGUGAGGUGGACCGAUACAUAACAGGCAAAGUGAUUUCUGAUUAAUGUGAAAUGAUACGAUAAAAGCACACCCUCAAAAUGUGCGUUAGGUGCAUCAAGAGUUGGGUCAAUGUUAGUGCAGGGAUAUUUUGGAAAAGACUGUUAACAGUUCUACUAUGUGAAGCAGCAUUAGUUCUUGUGUUCAUCCAAUAUACAACUAGUCAACGGAAGACGCCAGCGUUACAAAGCACUAGCAGAAUGCCUCUACGAGAGUUAUGGCACCAUGGAAAUAAGGCAUCAAAUAAUAACUCAGAGGCCUUGGAUAUCAACUCCGUCAGAGAGGCAACACAUAUCAGCUCCGUCAGAGAGGCAACACAUAUCAGCUCCGUCAACUUUACCUCGUAUAACAACACCAUCAAACUGGCAUCGAACAAUAGCUCAACUAGUCUGCAAUUAAACUACACCAUGUCGGAUCUCCCUCCAUGUCCCCUGAUUCCACCUGGUCUGAAUGGGAAACUAUCGGUGGAUACGACGGAUUAUAACGAGACAGACCUAGCUUUGAGAUUACCUGAGGUGAAGUUUGGUGGAAUAUACCAACCUGCUUCAUGUGCUGCACGAAGCAAAGUGGCGAUAAUAAUUCCAUACCGAAACCGGGCCACACAUUUAAAGAUACUUCUUAACAACCUCCAUCCUUUGCUUCAGAAGCAGCAGCUUGAUUAUGGCAUUUUUGUCAUCGAAUUGGAGUCGUCUGUUAAAUUCAACAAAGCAGUGGUUAUGAACAUAGGAUUUCUUGAGGUGGCAAAGAAGCAUGGCUACCAUUGCUUUAUCUUCCAUGACGUGGACCUUAUCCCGGAAAAUGAUAAUAACAUGUACUCAUGUCCAGAUAAUCCCAGACACAUGUCUGUAGCCAUCGACAAAUUCGACUACGAAUUACCAUAUGUGAAACUGUUCGGAGGGGUAACGGCAAUGCGGAAGGAACAUUUUGAAGCAGUGAAUGGCUACUCUAACAAGUAUUUUGGAUGGGGCGGUGAAGACGAUGAUAUGUAUGAAAGGAUUCGGGCGGUGGGUCUAGCAGUGACUAGGUUUACUUCUGACGUGAGCGCCUACCAGAUGUUGCCUCAUCAUCAGGAUGAGAAGAACGAAGACAGGCAUCGACUCCUAGAGAUGGGCAGUAACCGAUGGAAAGGGGAUGGACUUAAUACUAUUAAGUAUAAGGUGCUGCAGACUGUCCAGAAACGUCUGUAUACGAGUAUUCUAGCGACUAUUGACCCGAACGACAAACCCUUUCGGAUGUGGACAAUCAAACCACGUGUUAACCAACCAGUCCGCUUCUUUGAUGACGAUGUUGACAAACAGUUGAAAGAAAAGGCAAUGGUAAUACUAAACACCGGUCAUCUUGACCAACGCCUGUAUUACAUGCUAAAGGUAGAAUUCCUUGUGUUAAAUACUCCCAUGGUUACCACAGACAUUGUUUCUGAUAUUUUAAGAAAGAUUUUACCUCAUUUCAGCUUUUCUGCAGACAUGAUACAAAGAGUAAACGAUUUCCAGAAUAAGCAGAAAUUUGCAAAUAUAGACAUGAAACAUGUUUCUACUUUUAAUAAACAUAAAACGGAUUUCCUUUCAAAUAUGAAAUUAAGCUUUAUUGUAAAUAAUUUCAAUGAAAACAUGAAAAGAAUGCAACAAGCAGUUCUAGAAGGACAGAGUCUGAAAAAAAUGCUGAAACAUCCGUCUAAAAAAUUCCCUGCGGCAUCCAACCGCGGUAUAGUGUGACGACAUGACAUGGGUUGGUCUCAAUUACCUAAAGUUUUAGGCUACCACACAUUGAAUUUCUGCUCUAAAAGUUUUCCAUAAAAGAAAUACAGAGGGUGACAAAUCAUUUAUUAAUUACGAAAAAUUGAUACUACAAGAUCAUGAAAUGAACUUACUCAUAUAUACCAAAUACAUAUAUAAAAAUAUCACUUUGAUAAAACAUAAAAUAAUAAGCCAAUGUGGGGUUAACCAAAUAAAAACCGCCACAUUGAAAUGUCUUCCCCACAGAACAUUGAGUGUUUGUUGUACAUUUUUGUUUGUUAUGAAUUGUUGAGCUACCUGUUUCUUGUUUGUAGUCUGGUAGUUUUAAUGGACGGGUACCUUCACAGUUCUGGGUAGGCCCUCUUUUUCUUCAAAGAUAUCUCUUAUUGGCGUUAGAUAAUUCAAAGAAACUUUGAUGCCUGUAGUAAACUGCAGAGGAUUUAUUUUUGAUUUCAAGUUGAGAUAUAAACAUAUUUUGCCUUCUGUAGGGAAGACAUUUCAAUAUCUUUUUGGGGGCUAACCCCACAUGGCUUAUUAUUUUAUGUUUGACCAAACUUACUUUAUGCAUAGGAAACACUAUACAAGAAUAAUUUCAUAUUUUACAUUUUUAUUCCUUGAGGUUUCGUGAGGGUUAUGCCCCUUGAUAUAAUUAAUUUAUUGCCCAUUUAUUUCAUGGUAGUUAUGUCCCUUGGCGUUAGACCAAUGGGCCCCUGAUUUAUCAGGUCCCAAGACCCUGCGGCCAUCCUCAUCAUUAUGCAGCCAUCUCUAAAAUUUGCAGCAUCAGCUUUUGAGUGUCCAACAUUUAGCCAAGAAAAAAUACUUAAAUUUAGAACUCCCACCUUCUGCCUCCCUUUGACUUAUUAUUUAAUAUCUUAUCAAAGUGAUAUUUUAGGUGUAUUUGGUAUAUGAGUUGUGUUAUUGUGUUAUGUCAUAAUCAUUUGGCGGUUUUUAUUUGGUUAACCCCACAUUCGCUUUUUAUUUAAUGUUUGAUCAAAGUGAUAUUUUACAUAUGUAUUUGGUAUAUACGAGUAAUUCAGCUCAUAAUCCUGUAUUAUUACUUUUUCGUAAUUAAUAAAUGUUUUUUUUUAACCCUCUGUGAGGGUGGCCUUAUUCAUUCAAUACAGUUGUUGAGUUGUUUCCUGUAAGUGUGUAGAUGCAUAAAAGGAAUUAUGUGACUAUUUAUGUGAAUCACAAUCGACUGGAGAGCAGAGAUAUUGUGAAUAUUUGGUCAAUAAUUAAAACAAAUCCAUACAUUUCCCAAUUUAAUGAGAAUCGUUAAUAAUCGUUAAUGUUUAGGUAAAUCGAAAGUGUGUAGGAUUUUGUGUUUGUGUUCAUUCCAUUGACUUAUCCUAUACAUAUGGAGAUCGAGUUGAUGUUAAUAUAUGUCUUCAGUCCUAAUGUUAUCCUAUACAUAUGUCAGUAGAGUGAGUUUAUAUCAUAGUAACAUCUGUCUACAUUACACUAAUGCUAUCCUAUACACGUGUCUACAUUACACUAAUGCUAUCCUAUACAAUAUGUCAGUAGAGAGAGUUUAUGCCAUAGUUACAUCUGUCUACAUUACACGAAUGCUAUCCUAUACAUAUGUCUACAUUACACUAAUGAUAUCAUAUACAUAUGUCGGUAGAGCAAGUUUAUAUCAUAGUUACAUCUGUCUACAUUACACUAAUGCUAUCAUAUACAUACAGUUGGGAGCAAACUAAACUUGGUAGUCUAGUGCACUUCAGUGCACUACAAAAGUUAACUCCAGUUAACAUCGUAGUGCACCUGAGUUUACAUCGUAGUGCACUUGAGUUCACAUCGUAGUGCACCGGAGUUAACAUCGUAGUGCACUAG